AUGAUUCAACCAAUUUCUACCGAGAACGCCAUCGUCAAGGGAUGCCGUGUUGCCUAUGGCGUCUACGGCUCAGGCAAGCCAGUAGUUCUUAUCCACGGAACACCCUCCUCAUCUCUCAUAUGGCGCAACAUAGUUCCGAAACUUGUUGAUACAGGCUACAAGGUCCACGUCUUUGAUCUUCUUGGCUUCGGUCUUUCUGAGCGUCCGUGGGACCCUACAGUCGACACCUCCAUGACAGGCCAGGUUCCUAUCCUGGAAGGUCUUAUGAGACUCUGGGGCUUGGAGAAAACACACAUCAUCGCGCACGAUAUUGGAGGUGGUAUCGCACAGCGCUUCUCUAUAUUCUUUCCAGAGAGAGUCCUGUCUCUGACACUCAUUGAUUCUGUGGGCUUCGACAGCUACCCCUCCAAACGAACCAAAGAACAAAUGCAAAACGGUCUUGACUCCCUCAUAAAGACGGACAGUGACAAACACAGAGCUCAUUUCAAGGAUUGGAUGUUAACCGCCGUCUCAAACACCGAAAAAUUCGAGAACUCAACCCUUGACAUAUAUAUGGACUAUAUCUCUGGUCCGAUUGGACAGCCCAGUCUUUUUGAGCACCAGAUUCGGCAUUAUGACCCGAAGCAUACGCUGGAAGUGGCACCUCGUCUGGGAGAAUUGGAGAGACUUCCUGUGCAGCUUAUCUGGGGUGCAGAUGAUGAAUGGCAGGUUGUUGAUUGGGCUCAUAAGCUGCAUGAUGCCAUCCCUGGAUCUGAGCUUACGAUUGUGAAGGAUGCUGGGCACUUUUGUCUUGAGGAUCAACCUGAAAAAAUAUCAGAGCUUCUUGUGAACUUCCUUGAGAAGCAUUAA